AUGCGUGUCAUUGCAGCUGCGUCAGCAGCAGCCUUCUUAGCAAGUCAAGCUUUCAGUCAUCCGACAUCUGCAACUCCUCGUCGCAGCCUAUCUAGAAGAGUUGUCGAUCUCAAUGCGUUUCGGCUGGACACCGUUGCUGAUUAUAGCAACUCGACUAGUACAGCCAAGACUAUCACCGCAUCUCCUCUGUUCAAAAGAGAAGACUAUGUGGAUGCUGCCACUGCGCAUGUUAAGACGGUUGCACCGGGUAAAGAAUUUCGUCUCGUUGAUGAUCACUACAUCGGGUCAAAUGGUAUCGCCCAUGUCAAUUUCAAGCAGACCGUACACGAGCUUGAUAUUGAUAAUGCCGACUUUAAUGUCAACAUCGCCAAGGAUGGCAGCGUAUUUUCCUAUGGAAGCUCUUUCUAUUCUGGAGCGACCCCCUCUGAAAAUCCUCUGGUAAAGAGAGCCCAGAUCGAUCCAGUUGCUGCCUUGAACGGUGUCUCGAAUGUUCUCGCUUUGCCCAUCACUGCCACUGAUGCGACUGCAAAGCCAGAAGCAUCCGCUGCUGAGCACUAUGUAAUUGAAGGAACCACUGGUGCUUACCAAGACCCUAAAGCACGCCUUGUCUACUUCCAGAAUUCGGAUAAUACCCUUUCUCUUACAUGGAGAGUGGAGACUGAUUUGAAUGACGACUGGCUUCUCUCCUAUGUAGAUGCAGACAGUGGUAGCAAAAUCUUGGGCGUGGUCAAUUAUGUUGCUGAAGCAUCUUAUCGGGUCUACCCUUGGGGAAUAAAUGACCCAUCAAAGGGGGACCGCGUCCUUGAGACCGACCCGUGGGAUACGAAUGCAUCAACUUUUACAUGGCAAAGCGAUGGAUCUACUACAUAUUCUGUUACAAGAGGUAAUAACGGAAUUGCGCAAGCGAACUAUGAGGGAGACGACGCAUAUCUCAAUGACUAUCGUCCAACCGCGACGAAGUCCAGUUUCGACUUCGACUUUAGCCUUUCUUGGACUAAUUUCAAGACCUAUUCUAAUUCAUCCGUCACACAAAUUUUCUACACUGCGAAUAUGUACCACGAUCUGCUAUAUGAUCUUGGCUUCAAUGAGGCUGCUGGCAACUUUGAGACCAACAAUGACGGCACGGGGGGCAUUGGAAGUGAUGCCGUGAUUCUGAAUUCCCAAGAUGGUUCUGGAACAAACAAUGCCAAUUUUGCUACUCCUCCAGAUGGACAAGCUGGACGAAUGAGAAUGUUCAUGUGGACAACCGCAACCCCGAACCGUGACUGCGCUUUUGAUGCAGGAGUGAUCAUCCACGAGUACACUCACGGUGUCUCGAACAGAUUGACAGGUGGUCCUGCGAAUGUCAAUUGCUUGAAUGUCUUGGAAGCUGGAGGUAUGGGAGAGGGUUGGGGUGACGCCAUGGCCAUUGUCAUCCAUACGAAGACGACUGAUACACGCGAUACGGACUACCCAAUGGGAGACUGGGUUGACAACAACCCCGCGGGCAUCAGAUCAUACCUAUAUUCGACCUCCCUGGACACAAACCCCUUGACUUACGAGAGCCUGAAUAGCUUGAAUGAGGUUCAUGCUAUCGGAACAGCUUGGGCAACCAUUAUCUACGAAAUCAUGUGGAACUUGGUAGACAAACAUGGCAUCACUGCUGAUCGCAGACCGACCUUUGAUGACAAUGGUGUCCCUACUGAUGGAAGAUUCUUGACUAUGAAAUUGGUCAUCGAUGGCAUGGCUCUACAGCCUUGCAGUCCGACGUUUAUUUCUGCUCGCGACGCAAUUAUCGACGCCGACAAGGCCCUCACGGGUGGUGACAAUGUUUGUGAGUUGUGGACAGCCUUUGCAAAACGUGGUGUCGGGGCCGACGCUACAAGGGGAACAUCGACUGGAAGAACAGAAAGCUAUGAUCUUCCGUCUGGGGUUUGCUAG